UCGGUGAAACACGGGAGAUGAGCACAGGUUGAGAGGAGAAGGGCGUUUUUUUUAAGGUUUUUUUUUUUUUUUUUGGGUGUGUCCGCGUUGUUAACUUUCUCAAGUUCUUACAGAAAGGUCUCACAGUCUCACAUUCCUCUCUGUCGCUCCAGGGACUCACAGCUCUCCAUAUGGAUUUCUAUAACUUUAGGCUGCCUUUGCUUAUCAUUCUGGCCGCUCUGGGAUGCUGUUCCGGGAGCAGUCCGCUUGCUACCGACAAAAUCAACGGCGUUGUAGGUAAAAACGUGACCUUCAAAACAACAGUCGUCUCGACGCCUGACAUUCUAACUGUAACAUGGACCUUCAACAAAGGUCAGCCGAUCGCGAUGGUCACAGUCAUUCCCUCAUCGAACACUGUAAGUGUUCGCCCGCCGUACGUCAACAGAAUCAGCUGCAACAGGACAACCUUUCAGCUUCAGCUUGGGCCGCUAGUCAAGGAGGACACAGGGGAAUAUAUUCUCACUAUAGUCACUAACAAUGGAGACCUGGUGACUGGACAGAUUGAUCUUGAGGUUCUUGAGCCUGUAACCGAUGUCAAGAUAUCGUCAAAUGUCCUGGAACCUGUGGAGUUCAACAGCACAGUGGUUCUUACAUGCUCUGCUAAAGGCUCCUUUACAUACAAGUGGAUAAAUGGUUCGGUUCCUUUGGUGGUGGAUGGCACACACAUGCAGCUUAACGCUGUCGGCAAUGAGCUAAAGAUUUCUGAAGUCCGUCGUACAGAUCUUCAAGGACCCAUUGUCUGCAUAGCAGAGAACGCACUGGAGUCGGGAAAGAGCGCGCCGUUCAAUCUCACCGUGAGCUACGGCCCUGAGAACAUCCUUAUGAAUCAGUUUCCGACAGAUACAUAUCUCAAGAAAGGAUCUACUUUAACACUCACUUGCACCGCUGAUUCGAACCCACCUGCUACGAUCCAGUGGGUGUUUAAUGGAGUGAAUCUGCCCUCGAACGCCGUAUCUUCCCCAGCCAACUUCACUCUCAACAACUUAGAGGAAAAAAAUAGUGGAAACUAUACCUGUGUAGCCUACAAUGCACAGACCAAGCGCUACAUUGCCUCGCGGGUUGCAUUUGUGACGGUUGUAGAGUCUUUAUCUGGAACAAACAUCUCCAGCUCCACAUCAUUGCUCAUCGCUGGUAACAGCACAGUCAACCUCACCUGCUUUGCAGCUGCUGGAAGAGCCGAAACUGUGGAAUGGGUGAAGGACGGCAAACCUCUGAAUCCUGAUUCUCGCAUCGUUUUCUCAGCUGACAAGACAUCUGUGAGCAUUGAUAAAGUAGUUAAGGAGGACAGAGGCGAAUACAGGUGCCUUCUGAGGAACAAAGUGAAUAAAGACGAAGCCAGCUAUAAUUUAAAGAUCAACUACGGUCCAGAAAAGGUGGCGGUUCAAGGCAAGCAUGCGGUGAAGUUUGAAGACGAUGUGGAAUUAUCCUGCACUGCAGAGUCUGUCCCUCCAAGCACAUAUACAUGGAAACUCAACGGCACAGCACUGAACAGCAGCCAACAGGUUUACGUUGUAAAAAGGGCCAAAGAUAGAGACAGCGGCAUUUACACUUGUGAAGCAUUCAACAACAUCACAGGAAAGAUGGACAAAACGACACACAAACUCGCAGUGACAACGGACGGUAAAGAAGACACCGGUCUGUCUGGAGGAGCGAUCGCUGGAAUUGUGAUUGGUGUGAUUGUGGCUAUAAUCAUCAUCGCUUGCAUUAUAAAGCGCAAGAAGAAAUCAAGCUUAGACGUUCCAUCCCCGUAUUAAAGCGAGCUCUGGCUGUGAGGUGACCUGAGCAUAUCUUCAAGAUCAACUCUUCAGUCUUUUUUAUCAAGGCAACUGGAAAAACUGCUCUCACAAGUGACAAACACCCGCCGGACUGGCCUUUUCAGGAGCUCAACGUGUUUUUAAAUGUCCAUUGUCUCUUUUUUGUGUUGUUUACCCAUUGCAAACGAACCCCAAUCUUAAGGACGCAAGUAAACAGGGAGGCCGUUUACCUUGAUUUACAUCUCUUCCUUCUCUUGGCUGAAGUGGACAGCUUUCUUUGUUCUUCGAGAAACAUAAUACGUCCUCCAUCACCCUUUCAACCCUUCAACCCACAGGUCAGUCAUCCUGGCUUGACGGGGUCACUUUGACAGAGCUUUAUUUUGGGUAAAGAAAUCCACCGUGAUGUGUUUGAGAUCUCAACGUACCCACAAGGCACUGAAAUACCGAGAUUUUAACACCUGUUCGGCAUGCUCUGAAGUCCCAGGGGAAUGAAGAUAUAUACGGCUGAAGGCACUGUUGAGUUGUCGAUGUCUUGGAAAGCUUCUUAACACCUUUGCUAUGUUUUGCUACACUUUUUCUCUUCCUGGGUGUCUUCUUGAGUCAUGCACAGAGUAAGGCAAGCUCCAACAUGCUUGAAUCAAGAAGCGGGAAGGGAAGAAGGGGGAAAAAAAUGCAUUUCUGCGGACCACGACAUACCACACUGAUGGAGCGAAAUUGCUAGUCUGUCUAUGUGCGUCCCCACAAAGAUUCGUCCCGCUGUAAUCAGGAUUCCAUUGGAUUUGUGUACUAAAACAGGCCUGCUUUAAAAAUGUAUCAACAAUCUCUGCAGUUUUUAAAGAACUAAAUAGUAUUUUUUUUUAAUGUUUGGUUGGCGUAUCAUUUGUCAAAAUGUGAAAAUUAUGUUCUUAUUAUCAACACGAUCCCAGAUCUUUCUUUUAAUCUUUAUUUUUCAUCUUUUCGGUCUUCAACCAAAGCAUUUAUCUUGAUGAUCAGAUAUUUAUUUACGUAGAGAUGCAUCUGUAAAGGAUCUCAGCUUGGUUUGUUUGUUUGUUUGUACACAGAGAUAAAGCGGUUUGUCCCUUUUUAUGUUUAUUUUUUAAAGAAAUUUGUAAGUUCUUCCCCUGUCGUUUUUUAAAUCGUCCAUAUUUUUAUGUUAUUAGAUUGCAUGAAACCGCAAAACUGCCACUGAUUCUGUUUAAAAAAGAGGGUAUGUUUCACAAAUAUAUUUUAAAAUGUAUUUCAGAGAUAAAAAUGUGACCAACAUAAUUAAACAUAUAACUAAUAAAUGUUGACGAAUAUUUUUCUAUACAUUUUAGUUUGAUUUAGCUCUCUGUAUAUAUUGUAUAUGUAUACUAGAAAGGCUCUAGCUAUGGAAAAAAUUAAGAAACUGCUUAAAAAUGUACAAUUAUUCUGGAUUCAUGAUUAACAGUAAUGUUAUGUUUUGUUCUAUAAACUACUAUUGACAUUUCUUCUCUUAUUUGUCAGUAAAAUUGCUAAAAAUACCAGUGUUUUAACUUUAGAAGAGUUAAGAAAUUAUAAUGGUUUCGCGGGGGCUCAGUGGUUAGCACUGUCCCCUCACAGCAAGAAGGUUGUUGGUUUAAGGAUCAGUUGGCGUUUUUUGUGUGGAGUUUGCAUGUUCUUUAUGUGCUCAGGUGGGUUUCCUCCGGGUGCUCCGUUUUCCCCCACAUUUCAAAGACAUGCGUGAAUUGAAUAUGCUAUAUUGGCCAUUGUGUGUGUGUGUAUGUGUGUGUGUGUGUGUGAGUGUGUUUCCCAGUACUGGGUUGCAGCUAGAAAGGCAUCCGCUGUGUAAAACAUAUGCUGGAUAAGUUGGUGGUUCAUUCUGCUGUGGCGACCCCUGAUAAAUAAAAGUACUAAGCUGGAGGAAAAUAAAUUAAUAAUUUAGUAAUUAGUGGAAUAAACUUAAUUUCAAUCAGAACUCACAAUAUGUGAUAUUUUAACAAUUUUCUGGAAGCAAAGUGCUCUCAGGGUGCGUGUCCACCAAAAUGUUUUUUGCGCUGCAGAAACAUAAGCGAUGUUCUAGACACGUUCAGCUGUGAGUAUUUUUGCAGUGCUGCUUUUUUUCCAAUCUGUUGUUAUGAUACAGAGUAUCCUGCUUUACAGCUACAAAUUGAGGUCUUUAGCAGAUUAUUUGUUGACAUUUGCGUGUUAUUGUCCCGCCUAUCCUUCAGUAUGAUUGGAUGGCUAGCUCAAAAGUGACACUGGUAUACUUUUUAAAAUUUUCUUACUUGCUAAAAAAAUACCUAUUUUACAGCAAUGAUCGUAAAACGCCUGCUAAGUUUGUUUGAGGUGCUACAAUUGACAACAACAGAAAGCAAACGCUGAAUAAAAACACUUCAGUGGACGCACCCAAAAUGGCAAUAUUUUGAUUCAGGUAUCCGAAAGAAAACUAAUCUUUUUAUAAGUUUAAUAAAUAAUAUCAUGAUAUAUAAAUAAUACCUAAUAAAUAAAUCCAAAAAUAUGUAUAUUUUUGAAGUGGUUACUUAAUCUUUUCCAUAGCUAAAUAUAAACCAAAAUGUACUUGAAAUACAUUUUACAAUAUUUUUGGUCAUUUGAAGGUUUUAAACU